AUGGUAGCGCAGCCUCCUUCUCGAACCAGGAUGGAGAGCAGCCUCCCGGUGCUCAGCAGGGCCAGCUCGCCAGAGGAGAGCAACGGUUCGACGGAUGGUCGCGUCCGCAAGUUCCAGCGAACCAGCGGGACCGACAACACCCGCCGAAAGUCCAGUGCGCCCAACGUCACGUCUGCUCCUCGACCGCCGCCCCAAGACCACAGCACAAAGACGAGCUUCCGCGGGCGGCGCCAGUCGGUACGCGACCACAAAGUACCGCUGGGCCCGCGCCCGUACGAGAAACAGAGAGUGGCCAGCGAUGCCAGCGCGGUUGCGCCCCAGACCCGCGCCUUCCCCGCCGUGCCCCCCGUCCACGACGCGGCUUCCCGCUUCAGCUUCAGCACGCAGGCGCACCCAGACGCUCCUGCCGAUGCGGGCGAGCGGUUCGACUUCAUCCCCGCGGUCACCUUCGACGACUUCGCAAACAGCCUCCAGUACGAGCCCGCCCUGAGCCACUUCCCGCAACCGCCUGAUUCAUCGACGCUCGCUUCGUCCCACAUGGCAGCCCCGUCACAGCAUCAAUUCACUUCCUCCGCCCUGGGAUCGUCCACGCAACACGCCCCCUCACCCUUCACAUCGAGCACCUCCGAGACACGGCCUGCACGCAGCACCUCGCUAGUCCGCCGCUUCAGCCAGUCCAAAAACAAGGGAGGCCCGCCCAAUGCGCCGACAGAACCUUCCUCGAUUCCACCCCCCGCCUCAAACAUGUCGAUCCGGACGCGUCGCCAAAGCCAGUUUACCACGCAGCCACCGCCGAAUCCAGCAGGACGAGCGCCGCGGAAAUCUGUAGGACCGGGUAUGCUGCCAACACCGAACUUGGAUAACAGACAGGAAGUGCCCCGGCUGGCCAGCCACGGUGACAAUGUGCAGACACGGAUGGGACGCACCUCUUCGUUUGGUCAAGGAAACCGCCGCGGCACCCUUCCGCCGGGUCUGACCCUGGGAGCCGAUGCCACCACCAGAGUCCCUAGUGCAACGCGUGCUGCAAAGGCGAAGUCGCUCCAUGUCGCCCCGCGUCAGCAAUCGGCCAUGCUGAACGCUCCUAUGGCAUCUGAUCCGUCACGAUCGCCAGCAAGGACAACAGCUCGAACUCAAACGCCCUCUUCUUCAUCGAGCAAACGGCAGUCGACGAUGCACCACGUCAGUGGCUUGGGUGCAAGGACGAUAAGCCCAACAGAUGCACGAAGGCUGAAGCGACUUUCCAUGAAUCCUAAUCCACCUGGAGGGCCCGUCAGUCCUCCUACACCACAAGCCGAUUUCUCAUUCGAUGAGCGCGCGUUCAACCAAUCACCUGCUAUGAUCUUUAGAAAGAGCGUUACACCAUCAUCUGCGAGAGCCACGCCUGACCAAAAUCCAAAUCGCAAGUCGUUCGCUUCGGGUAUCUCUAUAUCCUCGAAUUCCAGCCUCAAUUCAUUGAGAGUUGGCAACAGCUCGCUACAGCCACGGAAUCCGGCUCUAGCUGGGUCUCGACUGCCCACUCCAAAACCCAGGAACGUCCACAGCUCGGCUGGCCCAGAGGAAGAAGAGUGGGUGCCACCGGUACCCGCCAUCCCUAAAGCUUAUGAGUCUCCAAAGGAUCCAGAAAAUAAGAGUUUCUCCUUCUCAACGUCAGCUUUGAAGGCGAGUGCUGCGCUUAGGCCAUCUCCUGAUCGCACCACGUCUGAUGACAUGGCUUCGAUUUCUUCGCUUAACCCCCAGACCAGAGGAACUGAAUCCACUAAGGGCGAUGCCGCGAAGAAAGGAAAGGCAACAAUUAGGCACAGAAGAGGAUUGACCGUUGGUGCUGGAUCCGAUGCUGAGAAGAGCCCAUCUAUCCAGAGCAACAAGAAAAACUUGCAACCAAUACGCCUCCCUCCGCUCAAUCUGCUCCCUCUCGGCACACCGUUCAACAACAGGAUUUCAUCGUUCCCGGCACCAUCCGCAGAGUUAGAUGAUCGUAAUACGACACCACCUCCCAAGCGGGCCGCCAAUAAAACACCGAGCACGCCGAUGACUGCCUCUAAAGCCAGCUUCUUCUCCCGAAACAACAACGUGGACCAGUAUGAUGGCGGCAAGCAUCUUCGUAGCAGCAGUUCCGCGUUCAACUUAAAGUCUGCUGACACCUCAUUACACGGGGCCUCAGCUAUGCCUAUCCCGACCUUGAAUCCUCAUCGUCAGGUGAACACGCCCUUCUCUUCGAAUUCCCUGCCGAAAAAUAGUGGCGACUACGCAGUCUUAUUCUCGAGACCUUCCGGCGAGUACAAACUCAGCGAUACAGAUGCAGAAAUGCAAAACAUGAAGGUGCAAGGUCCUCGUGCCCCUCAGAAGGACACAGAUUCUGCAAAAACAUCGACCUCAACAGAGCCGGAGACUCCUUCCUCUGGAUCGUCAUUGAGACGCAAGCUCAGUUUGAGCGGCUGGCGUCGUGCUUCCUCGAAAGCCGCCACUCACAAUGCUCGCACUAACCAAACCCGGAACGCGCCUCAAAAGAGUCAAGAAACAGGACCCCAGCCUCCGAAGCAUGGCGAUAUGCCUCCUCCCAAGCUUCCUGCUUCGGCAACUUGGAGCGGGGCAGUUGGCGCGAGCCCUACACCUGCCACGCGUACUCGACCUUCGCUUGACUUUGGCCGCCGUAAGGCCUCUGCGUCCACGGCAACGACAGUCGCUAGCGAUACUGAAGCUGAGAAGACUCGCAAAGCGAACGGCGGCUUAGGCAUUCGCGCCGCGUCCGGAUACUCAGAGCAACCAAACGGACAGGCUGCACCAAAGUCUAGCUCUUCUAUCCUAACACCUAUGCAGAGGAUGCUAGGAUCGAAGAGUUCCACCAACAUGCUGAAGGCCCGCAACUUGGAUACGAAUCUGGACCGAGAUGACUUGGUUGCCGAUGAAGAAAUGAAGAAACUUGCGUCCAAACGUAAAGAUUUUGAGCAUGCAGCUCGCGACGUUGAUGAACUUCGGAAGAGAGCACGCCCUCAAGAACGUGUCACUGCAGCGCAAGCACUGCAGAUGGUGAGCCUCAACAUCUUUGAACGAGGCGAAAUUAUCGACUACAAAGAGAUAUAUUUCUGUGGCACUAAGAGCGCAAAGAAACACGUAGGCGAUUUAAACGCUACCACCGCAAACUUUGGGUACGAUGACGAUCGGGGCGACUACAACAUUGUUUUCGGAGACCAUCUAGCAUAUCGCUACGAGGUGGUAGAUUUGCUCGGAAAAGGCAGCUUUGGACAGGUUGUACGCUGCGUUGAUCACAAGACUGGUGGACUCGUUGCAAUCAAAAUCAUCCGCAACAAGAAACGUUUCCAUCAGCAGGCCUUGGUGGAGGUCAACAUUCUGCAAAAGUUGCGUGAAUGGGACCCAGACAACAAGCACAGCAUGAUCAACUUCACCCAAAGCUUCUACUUUCGUGGCCACCUAUGCAUUUCAACCGAGCUUCUGGGCAUGAAUCUCUACGAAUUUAUCAAGGCGCACGAGUUUAAGGGGUUCUCGCUCCGCCUCAUUCGACGAUUCUGCAAGCAAAUGCUCAGCUCGCUAGUGAUGUUGAAGAGCAAGCGAGUGAUACACUGUGAUCUGAAACCAGAGAACAUUCUACUCGCACACCCGCUUCAUUCAGAGAUCAAGGUCAUCGAUUUUGGCUCCAGCUGCUUCGAGAAUGAAAAGGUCUAUACGUACAUCCAAUCGCGGUUCUACCGGUCGCCCGAAGUCAUUCUAGGCAUGAGCUACGGCCUGCCAAUCGACAUGUGGAGCUUAGGAUGUAUCCUGGCCGAGCUUCUUACUGGGUACCCAAUAUUCCCUGGCGAGAACGAGCAGGAACAACUAGCCUGCAUCAUGGAGAUCUUUGGACCUCCAGAAAAACAUUUGAUCGAGAAGAGCAGCAGGAAGAAGCUGUUUUUCGACUCAAUGGGCAAGCCGCGCGUCACGGUCUCUACCAAAGGCCGCCGACGCAGGCCAAGCUCAAAAACAUUACAACAAGCGCUCAAAUGCGACGAUGAGGCUUUCCUCGACUUCAUCGCGCGAUGCCUUCGAUGGGAUCCAGACCGGCGCAUGAAGCCAGACGAAGCGAUGCUUCAUGAGUUCGUCACAGGUGUGAAACGAGUGGCUCGGCCUCGACAGCCUAUCAAUGGAGCUGCGAAUGCGGCAUCACCGAUCAAGCGGUUAGCUCCGUCUCAGACGCCAUCAUCACGUGUGCGACCUCUGCCAGAGCCGCCAGCUACGAGCUUCAAGAAUGGCACCGCCGUAGCGUCUGAUCGUCAGGUAUCGGGCAGCUCACCCGUUAAGAGCGGGCCGAGCGGACCCAGACGGCAAUCGACUGUUCCACCAGCAGGAUUAGGAAUCAAGAGAACCGUCAAUGGAGCGCCGGCACCUGCUACAAGCAGUCUCCCUCGGGUUGCCCAACGAAACGUGUCCGGGAAAUCUGAUCUUGCUUCUGCAGCUGCGGUAGCAAGUUUGAAAUCCUCUCGGUGA